UAUUUUAUAUGUGAUAUACAAAGGAAGUUCUUACAACUGCUAUAUUAAUUAUAAAAAUAAACGGUAAUGUCUUGUUUAAAGAAAGACUCUUUGAAAUAAGAGAGAACAUAUAUCUUACUUUUCCACAGUGAUUCGUCACUUACGGUGAUUAUUGUUUGCUUUUUUAAUAUUAAACUGUGCAAAGCUUAUAGGGGAAAAUACAGCGAUGCAGAGAAGAAAAUUUGGUGAGGGUUUUGUUAAGGUGAGAGAUUAACAGUUUUAUUUGUGUACUCUGCAGGUUGAGUCAUGGAGGAGAUGAACGACACUGUGAUGGAGACGAGUACUCAAGACAUGAGUACAUCUCCCCCAACCCUCACCACCACAGCCACAGACACCACACAAGUGGUGACGCUCUUCACCACCUUAGUCACCACCCUCGUCCCCCCCAGCACUACAGACGUGGUGACGCCGGAAACCAACGUGACGCUGAGUGAGGAGAGCGAAAAAGACGCGCUGCCCCACGACAAGACAAUGAUAGUGGCCAUGACAGUCAUCUAUGUACUUAUCACCAUCACAGGAGUACUGGGUAAUGUAGCCACCUGCGUCGUCAUCGUCAGGAACCGUAUCAUGCACACUGCUACCAACUACUACCUCUUCAGUAUGGCAAUCAGCGACCUGCUGCUCCUGGCCUUCGGUAUGCCCGACGAGAUGUACCUCUUGUGGUGGGGCAAACCUUACAUCUUCGGCGAAGAGUUCUGUUUCCUCCGAGGCUUUACGGCCGAGAUAUCGACCAACGCCUCGAUUCUGACCAUUGCGGCCUUCACCGUCGAGCGCUACAUCGGGAUUUGCCACCCGCUUCGCUCGCACACCAUGUCACAGCUGGGUCGUGUCAUCCGCUCCAUCGCCGUUAUCUGGGUGGUUGCGACAGUCUGCGCCGUCCCUAUAGCCAUCCAGUACGGAAUAGUUUACGAACAGACCCCUGACGGCAAGGACGACCCCAAUUCGUCUGGCUGUUACAUCAAGAAGCGCUUCAAGUUUGUCUUCGAGAUCUCGUCAGUGUUGUUCUUCGUGGCUCCGAUGCUGCUCAUUACGGUGCUCUACGUGUGUAUCGCUCUGCAGCUCAAGAAGUCGUCGCGUCUGGCUCGAUCGGUGCCCUCUAUCGGCUCACACAACUGCUCCUCUACCAAUGAUGGUUCCAGGAACAAGGCGGUCAUCAAGAUGCUAGUUGCCGUGGUUGCAGCGUUCUUCGUGUGCUUCGCCCCGCACCAGGCACAGCGCCUGAUGGCCAUCCACGCUGACCCUACCAACCCCGUGGCUGUGCAGCUCUUUAACGUCCUCUACAACAUCUCCGGCGUCUCCUACUACAUCUCCACUUGCGUCAACCCCAUCCUCUACCACAUCAUGAGCAACCGCUUCAGAGAGGCCCUCCAGGUGACACUGGAGAGCUGUUGUGGCAGAAAGCUUGGCACCAGCGGAGGUAGGUGGCCCUCUCGCUCUCAGUCCUCUCGCUCUCAGUCCUCUCGCUCUCAACAUACCCACACCCUUGAACUUACAGAACACAGCUUCGUCUCAGAGUCCAACCCAGCCCUUACCGCUGCCUCCAGCACCUGCAGCGACGCCUCCAGAUCCUCCAGGACCGGCCACAGGAAGAGUCACCUCAAACACACCUUCAACGGUGUGCGCCGGGGCGCUGGUAAACACAAGUUGGCGCACAGCAAGGUCAGAAGAGGAGCCUCGAAGUGCAGACCGCUGUUUAGGCCACGGGUUCGCAGAGCUGAGGCCAUCGACAAUCCAGUUGAUAUCGUCUCCACUUCGUGUCCUUUGGAUCGCAAGAGAAGCCAGUCAGACAGUCUCCUGAGUGGUGGAUCAAUCAGUAACUGUUCCAUGACUCACGUGGAACAAGAGUUCACCAGGAAGGAACUGUCUGAAGUGAUGGGACUAAGUGAGACCGUGGAAGUGUAGACAUCGAGGUGACAUCCGUCUUCCAAGACAUCAAAGAAGGUCUGGAUGUCAAUUUCUCCUUCGGAAACACGAGUGGAGAUUUGACAUCCAUCUCUUACACAAUACAUGGACGGAGGUUAAGAACCCAUCAUCUAUGGUGAAUUAGCUAUCAAAAAUCUAGGCAUCAAGGUCUUCAUCCUAAGAAAAACAAAUAUUAUUGCCUGAGCCUCCCUUUACG